UUUCUUAUUUCUUUCAAAUUUGAAAAUUUCCUCUCACAAUCUUCAAUAAAACCCAGAAAUCGUUCUCUAAUCUUCCCUUUUUGUGCUGAAAACGCACUUAUUUUCCUUCUUUCCUUUUUUUUUUUUUUUUCCGUCCCAGAGAAAUGGCGAAAUCGAAGAAUCAUACGGCCCAUAACCAGUCAUACAAGGCCCACAAGAACGGGAUCAAGAAGCCCAGGAAGCACAGGCACACUUCAACCAAAGGGAUGGACCCAAAGUUCCUGAGGAACCAAAGGUAUGCUAGGAAGCAUAACAAGAAUAAUGGAGCAUCAGAGGAGGAAGAGUAGAGAGAAUGAGAGUAUGCUUGGUUUGGAUUUCUUAGAUUGGGUUUGGUUUUAUGAAUGAUCUCAUUUCAUUGCUAGACUAAUUCUUUGUCUGAUGUCGACAAUGAAUUUUUAUGCGCUUUGUUUUGAAUACAUCAAUGUGCAAGUAGUUGAUAUUUUUGAAUGAUUA